CUCAUUCAUUAUGGCCAUCCAUGUAGGUACCAUCUUUGCCUCCACUUCUCCAUAUCCCCUCAAAAGCGCCCAAGCAUUUAGAAGAACAAGGGCUAUCAAUAUGUCUUCUACAUCUAUAGCCCACAGUGGAGCCACAAUUGCAUACCCCUAGCUGAUUUCUGAACCAUCAAACAACUACAUGGAUGAAAUUCGCAUCAAACACACCGAGAAAUGCGAGGAAAUUGGGCGAUUUCUCGGUGAACUUGAUGACCCAUUAGAGUGUAUGAUCAUGGUUGAUGCACUACAACGCCUUUGCAUCGAUUACCACUUUGAAGAUAAGAUCACUACAUUGUUAAACAACCACUAUGGAAGACUUAAAUCUACUGAUCAUCACAAUCUUGGGUUGCAUGACAUUGCAUUGCAUUUUCGAUUGCUGAGGCAAGCAGAUUAUUUUGUUCCUACAGAAAUCUUUGACAUCUUCAAGGACAAGGAGGGACAGUUCAAAAAAGAAUUAAGUGAAGACAUUAGAGGACUGAUGAGUUUAUAUGAAGCUUCCCACCUUGGAAUGGAAGGAGAAGAUACACUUGAACAAGCCCACUACUUCACUCACAAACACCUUGGUGAUGCUAAGAUGAGUACUACUCUCCAACCUGAACUAGCUAGAGCUGUUAGUGAUACCUUGGAGUAUCCCUAUCACAAGAACCUGGCUAGAUUCAAGGCCAAACACUAUGACCUUAGUCUUCAUGGCACAUAUGGAUGGGUCAGUCCUGUAAAGGAACUUGCGAGGAUGGAUUUUAACAUGGUUCGAUCUUUAUGUCAACAAGAACUCCUUCAAUUUUUUAGGUGGUGGAGGGAGUUGGGUCUAUCACAGGAGUUGAAGUUUGCUAGAGACCAACCACUAAAAUGGUAUCUGUGGUCCAUUACAGCUCUCCCAGAUCCAAAGUACUCCCAGCUAAGAACAGAGCUCACAAAACCCAUCUCACUUGUUUAUAUUAUUGAUGACAUUUUUGAUGUUGGUGGGACACUCGAAGAACUUACUCUCUUCACUACAGCAGUAAACAGAUGGGAGACUACCAGCAUUGAGGAACUGCCAGAAUACAUGAAGAUUUGUUUCAAGGCUCUUGAUGAUAUCACCAAUGAAAUUAGUGAUAAAGUCCUUGAAGAACAUGGAUGGAAUCCCAUUGGUACCCUGCGGAAAGCGUGGGGAAGCCUUUGUGAUGCAUUUCUAAUAGAAGCCAAAUGGUUUGCAUCUAAGCUGGUGCCUAAGUCAAAGGAGUACCUGGAGAAUGGUGUGAUAAGCUCAGGAGUGCCUCUUGUUUUGGCUCAUUUGUUCUUUCUACUAGGCCAAGGUCUAAACAAGGAGUGUGUAUAUUAUGUGGAAGGAAAUCCAGCACUCAUAUCUUGCACAGCAACAAUUCUUCGACUAUGGGAUGACUUGGGAAGUGCCAAGGAUGAGAAGCAAGGAGGAGGACAUGAUGGAUCUUAUAUAGAAUGUUACAUGAAGGAACAGGAGGAGGGGGGUUCUUUUCAAAGCCCACAAGAUCAAGUCUUCUGUAUGAUUUCAGAUUCUUGGAAGAAACUCAAUAGAGAAUGCCUUUCAAAAAACCAUUUCUCACCCACCUUCAAAAGGGCAUCACUUAACAUUGCUAGGAUUGUCCCUCUCAUCUACAGUUACAAUGACAACCAAAGCCUUCCAACCCUUGUUGAGUAUAUCAACUCAUUGCUCUACGGUUCAGAAAUUCUCCAGGAACCUCUACCUUGUUCAGAAAUGGGUGUUCAUCCAAUCUGGAUUGAGAGGCAUUUGCCCUUGGAAAUCUGACCCUAGUGGUUGUUCCUUGGUCUCUAAGUGCUUUGAAAGAUCUUUUUGUGCUGUUUCGGCCUAGUGAUCCUUGAAGCCCUCUUAGUCAUAGGGGGCUUUUCGUUGUAAACAUUUUCCUUCCUUUUCAAUAAAUUGAUAUUACCUAUGAAAAAAAAAA